UUUCGUAAAGCUAAAAGCAUUCUAUGUUGUAAAGCAGAGAAAACAUAUAAUAGUUAAGCCUAUACUUUCUUCAUGAAGAAGAUACCGGCCUAAUAUUAUUUCUUCACCCUACAGAAAAUAAUAUUCGUCCAACAUGCCCCGAAUUAUGAUAAAGGGCGGCGUUUGGCGCAACACCGAGGAUGAAAUCCUCAAAGCGGCUGUAAUGAAAUAUGGCAAAAACCAGUGGUCACGUAUUGCCUCGUUAUUGCAUAGAAAGUCUGCUAAACAGUGUAAAGCCCGUUGGUAUGAGUGGUUGGAUCCCAGUAUCAAAAAGACGGAAUGGUCCAGGGAGGAGGACGAGAAGCUUCUGCAUCUCGCCAAGCUGAUGCCAACGCAAUGGCGAACAAUUGCACCAAUUAUUGGACGCACUGCAGCACAGUGCUUAGAAAGAUAUGAAUACUUAUUGGACCAAGCCCAAAAGAAGGAGGAGGGUGAGGAUAUGGGAGAUGAUCCCCGAAAACUCAAGCCUGGUGAAAUUGAUCCAAACCCUGAAACAAAACCUGCAAGACCUGAUCCGAAGGACAUGGACGAAGAUGAACUGGAGAUGUUAUCGGAAGCCCGAGCUCGUCUAGCAAACACACAGGGCAAGAAGGCAAAAAGGAAGGCAAGGGAAAAGCAACUGGAGGAGGCCCGUAGACUUGCUGCAUUGCAGAAGAGAAGGGAACUGAGUGGUGCUGGUAUAUCUGUACCACUUAGACGUAAAAAGAAGCGCGGAGUUGACUACAACUCUGAGAUACCGUUCGAGAAGAGGCCCGCUGCAGGGUUUUAUGACACGUCAGAAGAGGUUGUGGAUCCUAUGGCUCCAGACUUUUCCCGACUUCGUCAACAACAUUUGGAUGGAGAAUUGCAUUCUGAGAAGGAGGAACGUGACCGUCGCAAGGACAAGCAGAAACUCAAGCAACGUAAAGAGAAUGACGUGCCGCAAGCCAUGCUGCAAGGUGACCAGCCAGCAAGGAAGCGGAGUAAGCUGGUACUGCCAGAGCCACAAGUUACUGAUCAGGAGCUGCAACAAGUGGUAAAGCUGGGUCGCGCAUCAGAAGCAGCGCGCGAGUCGGCCGGUGAAGCGGGCGCGGCAACGGACGCGCUGCUCGCGCACUACGCGCUCACGCCGGCGCCCGCCACCGCGCUGCGCACGCCCGUCGCGCACCACGACCGUAUACUGAUGGAAGCCCAGAAUGUAAUGGCACUCACACAUGUGGACACUCCCUUGAAGGGUGGUCUGAACACUCCUUUACACGAGUCGGACUUUUCUGGAGCUCUGCCGCAGUCGCAGGCGUUGGCUACACCCAAUACUGUACUUGCUACUCCAUUCAGAUCAUCUCGUAGUGAAGUCUCAACACCCGGCAGCUUCGCGACUCCCGGUCACGGCCAGAUGCAACCAGGAUUGACAACGCCAGGAUUACGAGACAAGCUAAGCAUUAAUCCAGAGGACAGAAUUAGUGCUGGAGAUACACCAGCGGAGCAUCGUCAAAUACAGAAACAGUUAAAAACAACAGUCCGUAGUGCCUUACAAUCCCUGCCAACCCCAAGGAACGACUAUGAGAUAGUAGUCCCCGAUCAGGAUAAUGAUGAUCAGAUGGACACAACCAACGAGAAUGGUGUUGAGGAUCAAGCUGAUAAAGAUGCCAGAAUGGCUAAGGAACAGGAGGAGAAACGUCAAGCGGAGCUAGCGCUGCGCAGCACAGCAGUACGUCGCGGGGCAGCCCGUCCCGCGGCGGUGGUCGCGUCGGGCUCGCGCGGCUCCGCGCCGCUCAACGCGCUGCAGCGGGCUGAGGAGCUGCUCAAGGCGGAGAUGCUGACUAUGCUGCACUACGACGCGCUCAUGGACCCGCCCGACGAGAAGAAGGCGGUGGGUAUGCAGGCGGCGCACCUGGCGCACCUGGAGGCGCACCCGUACGAGCAGUUCAGCGCGGAGGAGCUGCGGGCGGCGCGCGGCCUGCUGCGGCGCGAGGCGGACGCGGUGCGCGCGGGCAUGGCGCACGGGGACCUCGGCCUCGACGCGUACACGCAGGUGUGGGAGGAGUGUCUGGCGCAGGUCCUCUUCUUACCAGGACAAAACCGAUAUACUCGUGCGAAUCUCGCCAGUAAAAAGGAUCGACUUGAAUCGGCCGAAAAAAGACUGGAACAGAAUCGCAGUCACAUGGCUAAGGAAGCUAAAAAGUGCUCUAAGAUGGAGAAAAAGCUCAGAGUACUAACGGGUGGAUACCAAAGUCGGACUGCGUCACUAAUAAAGCAGUUCCAAGAGUUGCAGGACCAGAUUGAGCAAGCGAAUCUAGAACUUUCUACUUUCAAGUUCCUCGCUGAACAAGAAAAGGCCGCUAUUCCUAGGAGGAUAGAGUCGUUAACAGAAGACGUUAAUCGUCAGACUGAGCGUGAGAAGCAGCUUCAGAAGCGCUAUUCAGAGUUGCAAGCGGAGUUGGAAGAAAUACACAAAAAGAAAACCACUACCGAAAUAAGGACUGAACAAUAAUAUCAGAUAAUGAGUAAUUACAGUGACAUGAACGAGAAUAAAGUUGAUGAUAUAAAAUGUGUGUUAUUUUGUGUGUGCUAGAUGGAUGAAAUAAAGAUAACAGUUGCAUAUAUAUUUUUAUUUA